AUGGUCGGAGCAAAGAGAAAGACCCUGGCUGGCAGCAUCUCGCCCUCGACAACGGCGUCUCAGAUCGACGAUGGCGAGCCGCUGCUCAACAAAGACGGCACACGUCGCAAGUCGCGCGUGUUGCGACGCAAGACAGACCACUCGAUCAUCGAAAGACGCAGACGAGAGAAGAUCAACGAGAAGCUUGUCGCUCUACAGAGCAUCGUUCCAGCCUGCCGCAAGGAGUGUCAAGACCUCAUCGAGAAGAAGUAUGUCACACCACUCCGCGCCACUGACGACAACGAAGCGGACAAGAACAGCACAGCGAUCAAACGUGACGCCAAGCGCAAGCGGGAAGCGGAAAGACUGGACAAGGCCAAGAACGAAAUGAGCGAAAAGGUCCGGACGACCAUGGUCCUCGAGAAGCUCUGCAUCAUCAGCCACACGCUCGACUUUGUCGUCAGACUGCAAGAAGAGAACAAGGCCUUGCGAGCGCUCUGCGACUGCCAGUCUGAGCGUCGCACCUCCAUCAACAGCACUAUUGAGCUUGAAGAGCACUACCGCAGUGCUCAUGGUAACGAUGCUGUCGAGGAAGGUGUUGAGCUACAAGAGGGGGAGAGGGUUCCUGGCUCGCCCUCCAGCUCGUCCGAGCCAAACAGUAUCCCGUCAGAAGAGCAAGAGAGACCGAGCAAGCGCAGACUGCACUGGGGGAGCGAUGAGGUCCGCAAAGCAUCCGUUCGAAGCGAAUUCUGUCGCCACAGGUGUGAUGUUCAUUCCCACGACGAGGCUCGUCACCGAGAGCGAUCGCUGUCGCCUACUAUAUCCGAGCUCGACUGCGAUACAGCCAAAGAGAGCAAGGCUUGGGUGUCGUCAGCCUCUCGCGAGGCACCUCGUUCUGCACUACCUUGCAGCGCAACUACUUCUGACGCAGGCCCUUGCAGUUCGUUUUGCAGAACACAGCACUCGUGCUGUCGAGAGGAAGAGCAGGGCUCCGACACCUCUACCGAUGGCCCAGACGAUCCCACCUCGCCACCUCUCGAUCCAACUCAAAGGCGAGUCCUUGCUGUCGGUGGCCAACACAGCUACUUUGGACGUCAAAAACUUCCGUCAUUCGUCAAUCUCGGGUUGCCGAAACUUGAUGCUCACUUUCCAACUCUACGUCAAGACGCUUUCGCCUCGCUUUAUCGCCGGGAUCCACCCAAAUCGUCAGAGCUCCCUGCCGGACGACGACCUUUCCGUCCAUUGUCUCUGUAUACAUCUCACGCGCCGCCUUCCACCUUACCUCAUGUCAAUCCGUAG